GUUGACAGUUUUGCGCUUUGUUUUAUUUUCACGGCAUUUUUCAUAGCUUUUUAGCAUUUUUGCUACGACUAAAUAUAAUUAGCAAUAAAUAAAUAAUGCCUAAGGUACGUCGUAGCCGCAAACCACCGCCAGAUGGUUGGGAACUCAUCGAACCCACACUAGAAGAGCUGGAACAGAAAAUGCGUGAAGCCGAAACGGAACCGCACGAGGGCAAGCGCAUAACAGAAUCGCUGUGGCCCAUCUUCAAGAUACACCAUCAAAAGACGCGCUAUAUCUACGAUUUGUUCUACCGCCGCAAGGCCAUUAGCCGUGAGCUCUACGAUUACUGCCUGAAGGAAAAGAUUGCCGAUGCCAAUCUGAUAGCCAAAUGGAAGAAGUCCGGAUACGAGAAUCUAUGCUGCCUGCGUUGCAUACAAACGCGUGACACGAAUUUCGGUACCAAUUGCAUAUGCCGCGUGCCUAAAUCCAAACUCGAGGAGGGACGCAUUGUGGAAUGCGUGCACUGCGGCUGUCGUGGCUGCUCCGGCUAGUACUUCCAAAGCCCCUAACAUAGCACUAGCGUAGACUUAUCAAACAACAUGAUUUUUUUUUUUGUUUUGUAUUCUAUAUAAUUGACAACGCAUUAAGCGAAAUGUAAACUAAUGCUUCGAUUAGUCAUAAAUUUCCCUUUUAUAGAGUUUUGAUCAAAAUGAGAUAUAAUAAUACAUAUAUGUAUGGUACAAA